AAACCGGGAAUCCGCGGCCAUGACGGUGCCGGUACGCGGCUUCUUGCUGCUCCGCGGCCGCCUCGGCCGAGUGCCGGCGCUGGACAGAAGCACAGCACCCUCCGUAAGGGCACCGGGAGAGCCCGGGAGCGAGUUCCGCGGCUUUCGGAGCAGCAGUUUGAGACAUGAAGCCAUUAUUAUAUCAGGAACUGAAAUGGCCAAGCGUAUCCAGAAAGAAAUAAAGCGAGAUGUGGAAUCAUGGGUUUCCCUUGGAAACAGAAGACCUCACCUCAGUAUAAUUUUAGUGGGAGAUAACCCAGCAAGCCAUACAUACGUCAGGAAUAAGAUAAGAGCUGCUUCUGCUGUAGGUAUUUGCAGUGAGCUCAUUCUAAAAUCGAAGGAUGUUUCUCAGGAAGAGCUUUUGGACAUAACUGAUCAAUUGAAUAUGGACCCAAGAGUCAGUGGAAUAUUAGUUCAGUUACCACUACCAGACCACGUUGAUGAGCGAACGAUAUGCAAUGGAAUUGCCCCAGAAAAAGAUGUAGAUGGAUUUCAUAUUAUCAAUAUUGGAAGAUUGUGCCUUGAUCAGCAUUCUCUCAUACCUGCCACUGCCAGUGCUGUUUGGGAAAUAAUAAAAAGAACAGGAAUUCAGACGUUUGGAAAAAAUGUGGUUGUGGCUGGAAGAUCCAAGAAUGUAGGGAUGCCCAUUGCCAUGCUUUUACACACUGAUGGAGAGCAUGAACGGCCAGGAGGUGAUGCAACUGUGACAAUAGCUCACAGAUACACCCCCAAAGAACAACUGAAGAUUCAUACGCAGCUGGCAGAUAUUAUCAUAGUUGCUGCAGGUAUUCCAAACUUGAUUACGUCUGAUAUGGUUAAAGAAGGUGCUGCUGUAAUUGAUGUGGGUAUCAACUACGUCCAUGAUCCACUGACAGGAAAGACAAAAUUAGUUGGAGAUGUGGACUUUGAAGCUGUUAAGAAGAAAGCUGGCUUUAUCACUCCAGUUCCAGGAGGUGUAGGACCCAUGACAGUGGCAAUGCUUCUGAAGAACACCCUUCUGGCAGCUAAACAAAUCAUUUACUAGAUCACAUGAAAAGAUGAAGCAAACUGAAGUCAUGCUAUUUGUUUAUUUGACAAAGGGUAAAACCUUUAUAUUUUACUACAAAGCUAUUUAUUUCUACAUGGUAUUUAUUUUUUCAUGGGUGAAAUCAUUGUGAAUCAAAUGAUUCACAUAAUUUUAUGCAUUUCCUGCUAAUUUAUUUUGAGUUUUAAGAAAACAACCAAAACAAUUCCAAUGAAAAUUUUAGUAGCAAUUGUUUAUUUUGAGGAUAUUUGUUCUUAACAUUAAAACAAUAAAGGGCUCAUAAUAAAUAAAUAUAUUUUUGACACAAUUAAAUAUUACAUAUAAUAUGUUUUCAACAAAUGUCCUGUCAGCCAAAUGGGUACCCAUAUAAAAUGUAAUUUAGGUUUUGCUAUUUGCAUGCUCACAUUUUCAGUAUAUUUUAUGAUCUAUGUCAUAUGCUGAAAAAGAGCUUGCUUACUGCAAGAAAAAUGGAAUAUUGAAAAUAAAAUCUUGAUCUCAACUAUCCCCCAAAUGCAUCCUAUAAGUCCAUCCUAAUGAGAAAUGAUGUUCUAUUUAAGGAAAGGAAAAUAUUCCAGGAAGGCAAAAAAUGCAAUGCUAUUUGGAAGGGUAAUGAUUUUAUCACAUUGUGAGUGACUACUGAGAGUAAUGAUUAUAUCACAUUGUGAAUGACUACUUGCCACGGUAAAAAUACAUGAAGAAUGUCUUAGGCUUAAAUGUUGUUUCUUUCUUCUUCUAAAAAAUAUUUGGAUAGUACCUUCACUGAGAAAUAAUGGAAAAAUCAAAAAAUAAGUAAACAGACAAAACUGAAGUUGUAUUUUCCCACAAAUAUCGUAUGAAUUAGGUCAUAUUAAAGAACAGCAGCUGUUAAUGUUUGUUCACAAAUUCAGAAAUCUAAUAGGAAAACAUGAUACUUUCAAUGUGCCAAAACUAAACCUUAGUAUACAACUAAAAAUCUCCUGCCUUCUUGCGUACAUGUCUUCCCUCUUCUGUUACAGCAUUUGUUCCUCAAAGUAGACGCAACGUUUCUAACACAAUUUAAAUUAGGAAAUAUAUAUGAAUGUCAUUGAAGUCUAUUUUGAGACUGCUAAAGCUGUUUAAUUGAUACUGUGUUUUCAUGCCCAAAUCCCAGUAUGUUUAUGUACCAAUAAUGUCUUUGUACAUAAAUAAUGUUUAUGUACCCAGCGCAUGUCUUUAUCAGUGUGUACUCAUGACUAUUUGUGUGAAAAUAGACUAGAUGUUUAUAAUUAAUACCAUUGCAACUGUAUAAUAAAAGCAAUUUGAAGAAAA